AUGGCGAACACGUUUCGCGCGGUGACGGUUUCCGCCGUCAACAAUGACGGUGCUUUAACUCCGCGAUUUAAUUUCCCAACGAACGUAAACGUGGAUUACGACCCGCAAGGUCUUAGUGUUAAAGUGAUACGUGCUGAUCCCGUCUUGGCUCAAGAGGUGCUUGAAUUCCCCGUCCACAGUCAGAGCGAGUGUUCGCGAGUCGCCGGCCAAUCUUACAUUUUUACAAUAGAUAAUGAAACACUGUUUUUCAAAUUCUCCUCCGAUGUUGACUGUCAGAACUUCCAUUUGCUGGUUAGUAAGAUUAAGGCUGGUCGGUCAUCAUCUGUGUUUACGGUGCGCACGGAGGAUUCGUCGGCGAUGCAAUAUUUCCAGUUUUAUGGAUACCUAAGUCAGCAACAGAACAUGAUGCAGGACUACGUGAGAACAAGUACAUACCAGCGUGCCAUUUUAUCGAACAUCAACGAUUUCAAAAACAAAGUAGUGCUGGACGUCGGCGCAGGUUCCGGUAUUUUGUCGUUUUUCGCGGCACAGGCUGGUGCUCGCAAGGUGUAUGCCGUAGAAGCUAGCAACAUGGCGCAUCAUGCACAGGCGCUUGUGAGAGCGAAUGGGCUUCACGACCGCAUCUCCGUUGUUGCUGGUAAAAUAGAAGAAAUCGAGUUACCAGAGAGCGUCGAUGUAAUCAUAUCCGAGCCGAUGGGCUACAUGCUUUAUAAUGAGCGCAUGUUGGAGACUUAUUUACACGCGAAGAAGUGGCUCAAACCCAACGGUAACAUGUAUCCUACCAGAGGAGACUUACACAUAGCGCCGUUCACAGAUGACGCUCUAUUCAUGGAACAAUAUAACAAAGCCAACUUCUGGUAUCAGGCAUGUUUCCAUGGUGUAGAUCUGAGUGCAUUACGCACCGCUGCCAUGAAGGAGUACUUCAGACAGCCCAUUGUAGAUACUUUUGAUGUACGCAUCUGUAUGUCGAGAUCUGUAAGGCAUGUGGUCGACUUUUUGAAUGCCAACGAAACCGAUUUACAUCGCAUAGAAGUGCCAUUUAGAUUUGAGUUGACACAGUCUGGAACAUGCCAUGGCCUGGCAUUCUGGUUUGAUGUUCUAUUUGCUGGUAGUACACAGCACAUCUGGUUGUCUACUUCACCGACAGAACCAUUAACACAUUGGUACCAAGUCAGAUGCUUGCUCGAGACACCGAUUUUUGCAAAACAAGGACAGGCAUUGACAGGGCGAGUGCUUCUCUUAGCAAAUAAACGUCAAAGCUACGAUGUUACAAUGGAGAUUAAUCUAGAAGGAACAAAUAUAUCAUCUUCUAAUACAUUAGACUUAAAGAACCCAUACUUCAGAUACACCGGUGCACCAGCGGCGCCGCCACCAGGCGUGAACACGACAUCACCAAGCGAGUCCUACUGGAACUCCAUCGAAUCUGCCGGCUCAUUGAGCAAUGGGCAAGGCGUCAUCCUUACAGAUGGUACACAACAGUAUUGCUCAACUCCAGAUCAAACAAUCGCGUAUGGAGCUCAUCCGAACAUGAUUAAAACAGUCAUGUUGCAAGAGGAAUUCAUCAAGAGGAUCGGGAUAAGCCAGAAUGGCGAUAUAUAA